AUGCCUAUUUUUACUGCUGGUAAUAUUUUUAUCUAUCUAUCUAUCUAUCUAUCUAUCUAUCUAUCUAUCUAUCUAUUGAUUUGCAUUGCUGGUAAUAUUUUUUUUUUAAAUGGAUUACUGGUAAUAUUUUUUAUCUAUCUAUCUAUCUAUCUAUCUAUCUAUCUAUCUAUCUAUCUCAGCAUCUAUUGUGUCUACGACGUGACUCUCUUGAAAAUAUCAACUUUCUUUACUACAUAUUCAAUUAAAUUUCACCCAUUUUUUUUCUAUUUCUUUAUUUAUAUAGCAAUCCUUUCUUUUUUAUUUCGUUUUUCUUUUUACUUUUCAUUUAUAUCCAUUACUAUCUUACUUUCCCUUUUACUUCCUUCUUUCCCGCCUUUUACAAUCAUAGAUUAUUUCUUUAUCUUGUCUUUUGAUGUCAAUUCUUUCUUUUUGUUUCAUUUCCGUUCAUAUAUUUCCUAUCAUUUUACAUCAUUUCCUACUACAUCCUUCGCUCUUUCCUUCUUUCUUUCCGUCCUUAUUUCCUUCCUUUCUUCCUUCAUUCCUUCCUUUCCUUUCUUCCUCCCAUCGCACUUUUCUUCCAUUUCUCCCUUCUUUCCCUUUUCCUUCCUUUUCGUCGUUCUCUUCUUCCUUCAUUCCUUCCAUCGCUUUUUCUUUCAUUUCUUCCUCCCUUCGUUCCUUCGUUCCUUCCUUCCUUCAUCGCCCUUUCCUUCAUUUCUUCCAUUCUUUUCUUCCUUCCUUCGCUUUUUCCUUCCUUCCUUCCUUCCUUCCUUCCUUCCUUCCUUCUAUCCUACGCUCUUCCCUUCUUUCAUUCCUUCCUUUUCACUUUCAUUCAUAACUUCUUUCAUUCCUUCCUUCCUUCUUCCUUCCUUAUGCCUUUAUUUCACUUUAAACCUUCCUUCAUUCCUUCCUUUUUUUCCUUAUCCUUCCUUUCCUAUCUUUCCUUUCUUCCUUCCUUCCUUCCUUCCUUCCUUCCUUCCUUUAUUUCAUUUCCUUCUUUAUUUCCUUCGCUCUUUCCUUCCUUCUUUCCGUCCUUAUUUCCUUCCUUCCUUCCUUCGGUAUUUCCUUUCUUCCUCCCAUCGCCCUUUUCUUCCAUUUCUCCCUUCUUUCCCUUUUCCUUCCUUUUCAUCGUUCUCUUCUUCCUUCAUCCUUCCUUCGCUUUUUCUUUCAUUUCUUCCUCCCUUCAUUUCUUCGUUCCUUCCUUCCUUCAUCGCCCUUUCCUUCAUUUCUUCCAUUCUUUUCUUCCUUCCUUCGCUUUUUCCUUCCUUCUUUCCUUCUUUCCUUCCUUCCUACGCUCUUACCUUCUUUCAUUCCUUCCUUUUCACUUUCCUUCAUAACUUCCUUCCCUCCUUCCUUCCUUCUUUUCUUCCUUCCUGCCUUUAUUCCUCACUCUCUCCUACCUUCCUUCCAUAUUUCUUUCUUUCACUCUUUCCUUCAGUCCUUCCUUUUUUCUAUCUUUCCUUCCUUCCUUCCUUCCUCAUUUCCUUCUUUAUUUCCUUCGCUCUUUCCUUUCUUUUUUCCGUCCUUAUUUCCUUCCUUCCUUCCUUCCUUCCUUCCUUCCUUCGGUAUUUCCUUUCUUCCUCCCAUCGCCCUUUUCUUCCAUUUCUCCCUUCUUACCCUUUUCCUUCCUUUUCGUCGUUCUCUUCUUCCUUCAUUCCUUCAUUCGCUCUUAACUUCCUUCAUUCCUUUCUUCGCUUUUUCUUUCAUUUUCUUCCUCCCUUCGUUCCUUCUCCUUCCUUCUUUCUAUCUUUCCUUCCUUCCUUCCUUCCUUCCUUCCUUCCUUCCUCAUUUCCUUCUUUAUUUCCUUCGCCCUUUCCUUCCUUCUUUCCGUCCUUCUUUCACACUUUCCUUCAUUCUUUUCUUUCUUCCUUCCAUCAUUUACUCAAUCAUUUUAAAUUUUCUUUCUUUUUUAUAUGCAUCGCAUUGUUUCUUUACUUUUUCGUUCAUUUUUUACUUUCUUUUUAUAUUCAUUAUUUAUUCUGUAAACUUUUCUUUCCUUCGUCUUUUCUUUCCAUCUUGAAAUUUUUUCUUUAUUUAAUCAUAAAUAUUAACUUUGCUACUUUUUUUCUUUCCUCUUGUUUCUCUCUUUGUUAUAUCCAUUAUUUCAUUUUUUCUUUUCUCUUUUCAUCCAUUCUUUCUUUCUAUUUCGUUUUUGAUCGUUCUUUUUCUUUCUUUUUAUCUCCCUUAUUUCCCUUCUAUUUCUUUUUCUUGCAUUCUUCUUUUCCUUCAUUCUUGAAAUAUUCUGCUUUUUGCAAUCUUAAAUAA